UUCAUUCCCAUGAAUUACUGCAGUUCAUCAAAGAUUCUUCUCACAAAAGGACUGCAUAGUGAAUUUCUUAAACUGAAGCUUGUUCUCAAUCAGAAACACAGUCUGGCAAUACAAAUCUCUACAGUUUUUUCACCUUUGCCUCAAGCAGUCUUGUUCCACCCCUACAGCAAAGCUUCCGACGCUGAAGCUGCAGCCUCUGGAAGCACAGAGCAGUCCUCAGGCUGCUGAGCACUGCUAAUGCCGGCCUUCUGGGAAGCCUUGGGCCUCGGAGAGAAAUGGAAAGGAAACAAAAGUCUGCCCAGGUUAUUAGACAGUGAAUGGAUUUGGGGGAAAAAACUUUUUAAAAACCCACACAAUACGGCGUCACGGCAGUCUUUUGGGUUUUGGGGAUCCUUUUGAGAUGACAUAGCCUUUCAGUUGUCAUCACCAUCAGAAGCACAAGAAAAGGAGAGGGGGGAUGGAAUACAAGAAUUGGCUCCAUCCAGUUUGGGUUUCUACUCCUUUUGCAACACGACCUUAUGAAAUAAGUGUUAUCUCGCCUCAUUAAGUUGCAAAGUAAUUCCAGGCUGUUUAAAAGCACAUCCUUACAGUCUACCUUCAGGGAAAAACAAAACAAAAAAAAAAAACAAAAAAACCCAACCAACCAAACAAACAAACAAAAAAACCACAAACUGUCUGAACGUGCUUAGAGUAUACUUCCAGAAGGAAGCCUCCCAGCCAAAGAACAGACCUGCCUGCAUCGCACCAAGGGGAAUCGCCUCUCUUUUUCUUCUGCGGGGCGGGGGAAGCAAAUACAUUUUAAGCAUCGGUGAUGACAAAAGACAAGACGUUCUGCCCCCCACUGCCUCACAGGCGCCCAUGGAACGCGUCCUUCCGGGGGCAGGCGCGCGGCUCCAUCCCCGCGCGGAGCGCUCCCGGCGGAAGCGGCGGCGCGGCGCGGGGCGGGGCGUGGCGGCCAUGGCGGCGGAGCAGCGGCGGGAGCUGGGGCGGCUCUCGGCUCUCGCCGUGUACCGCGGGGUAGCGGGGGCCGGGCGGAUGGAGCGGCGCCGCCGCGGGGCUCCGCUGCCCUCGAGUCGCAAGCGGGCCAAGGCCCGCCUGAAGCGCGGGCGGGCGGGAGGCGGUGGCUCGGAGCCGGAGGCGCCUCCGCCCGCCGCGCCCCCGAGCCGCGUGGAGCUCCCCGUGGAGGCCCCGCUGGAUCCUCGGCCCGAGGCGGCGGCCGCCGGGCCUGACGGGAAACCGCGGGGCGGCCCCAAGGCGAUGCCGGGCGGCCCGCGGCCGGCGGGGGAGGACGGCGGCGGUGUGUCGGGGCUGCUGCGGAGGCUGUCGCGGCUGGAGGACAGCCGGCAGCGGGCGGCCGAGCUCUUCCGCUGGCUGCUGGCCCCGGUGGCGCCGGCGGAGUUCCUGGGGCGGCACUGGGAGCGGGCGCCGCUGCUGGUGCAGAGGGGCGACCCGGGCUACUACGCCGGGCUCUUCUCCACGGCCGACUUCGACGCUGCCCUGCGAGCAGGAGAGGUUCACUUCGGCACCCACCUGGAUGUGACCAGCUACGCCGAGGGAGUGCGGGAGACGCACAACCCCUCCGGCAGAGCCCUGCCCGCUGUCGUGUGGGACUUCUACCAGAACGGCUGCUCCCUGCGCCUCCUCUGCCCGCAGGCCUUCUCCCCCACCGUCUGGCACUUCCUCUCCAUCCUGCAGGAGCAGUUUGGCAGCAUGGCAGGGGCGAACACCUACCUUACACCCCCGGGUACGCAGGGCUUUGCCCCCCACUACGAUGACAUCGAGGCGUUCGUGCUGCAGCUGGAGGGGAAGAAGCACUGGCGUGUCUACAGGCCCCGAACAGAUGCUGAGGUACUGCCCCAGUUCUCCAGCGCAAACCUCACGCAGGCUGAACUCGGUGAGCCUGUGCUGGAGACAGUGCUGGAGCCCGGGGACCUGCUGUACUUCCCCCGUGGCUUUAUCCACCAGGGCGAUUGUCUCCCUGAUGCGCAUUCGCUCCACAUCACUGUGUCUUCCUACCAGAGGAAUUCCUGGGGGGACUUUCUGGAGAAGCUCCUCCCAGCUGCCCUGCAGAUGGCCCUGGAGGAAGACCUGGAGUAUCGACAAGGGCUUCCUAUGGAUUACCUGCAGUAUAUGGGGGUCGCUAAUUCAGACACAGUCGAUGCUCGGCGAGCGGCCUUUGUGGAGAAGGUGCAGGGCCUGAUAAAGAAACUUGUUGACUAUGCGCCCAUUGAUGCUGCUGUGGAUCAGAGAGCCAAGUCGUUUCUUCAUGACUGUCUCCCUCCAGUGCUCACGCCAACUGAAAAGGCGCAGAGUGUCUAUGGUUUCCCGGCCCGGUGGCAAGAUGGAGGUCCCUGCAAUGUUGAUAUCCUGAUAACAAAAGACACUGAAGUACGCCUGCUCCGUCAUGGCAUCGUUAGACUGUGUAAUGAAGAAGCAGGUGUGAUGCUGUACUACACUACAGAAAACUCAAGAGUGUAUCAUAAGGAAGAACCCAAGUUCCUUGAGCUAGAUCCCGAGUGUACAGACAGUGUCGAAUUUCUCCUGUCUUCCUAUCCAAAUUACGUCAAUGUGGAUAAUCUUCCAUGUGAAACCUUGGAGGAAAAGAUUUCUCUAGCUACACUUCUGUUUGAGAAGGGUAUUUUGACUACGAAGAAGCCUCUGGCACAAGUCUAA